AUGACACGACACAUACAAGGGGAGGUGCCAUGGUGUAUGUUAUUCGCUUAUGACUUAGUACUGAUUGAUGAGACGCGUGACGGAGUUAAUACUAGGUUGGAAGUUUGGAAACAGACGGUGGAGUGCAAGUUCAGUGAUGGGAUGCAUGAAGAAGGAGUGGAAGUGAAGAUUGGUACUCAAGUCAUCCCCAAAAGAGAUAGUUUCAGUUAUCUUGGGUAUAUAAUUCAAGGCAACGGAGAGAUUGACGAGGAUGUUGCCCACCGUUGGAGUAGGGUGGGGUGGGUGAGAUGGAGGCUUGCCUCAGGGGUUUUCUGUGAUAAAAGUAUACUACCUGGUCUUAAGGGCAAGUUACAGAGUGGUGGUUAG